AUGAGCUUUGGCAAGACGGUGGGCGGAGGGGGCGACGCCAGCAGAUGUCCCAGCUACACGGUACCGUGCGACAACUACGUCCACGCGGUGGAGUUCAGUCCCUUCGCUUCCGGCACGCCCGCCUCUCUGCUGGCCUACAGCUGCAACCAGUACGUGGUGGUGGCCACCUGCCUAUUCCAGGAGGAGGACAUGAACGUGGAGGGAGUGGAGUUCAACGUUGUCCGUGCGUUUCUUCACGAACUGCCAGUGGAUGCGCUCGCCUGGAGCCCAGAGUCCCAUCUGGACCGGAUUCCCAUGAUCAGAGUUUGCACGGCGGCCCCCGACGGUAAAAUUAGACUGUUGACGUCGGACCUUCAGGAUCGACUCGAGGUCAAGGAGAUGGAGGGCCACGGCGGCUACGUUAAUCAUUUGGUGUUCGAGCCCAGCGAAGGGAAGCAAAUCGCUUCCGUUGGAGAUGACCACACAUGCAGGGUGUGGGACCUGGACGGCAAUGAAAGCGCCACGUUCCGACUCUGUUCUCCUGGCAUCAGCGUGUGCUGGCACCCGGAGGAAAUCUUCCAGCUGAUGGUGGCGGAGAAGAAGGGCACUGUCCGUUUCUACGAUUUAGUGAGCCAGCAGGCCAUCCUGUCGCUGGACUGCGGUCAGUCGCCGCUAAGCGCCGCCGACUGGUGCCUGGCCAACACCGUCAAAGUGGGCGCGGUGGCGGGCGGCGACUGGAUCAUCUGGGACAUCACCCGCUCCAGCUACCCGCAAGAAAAAAGGCCGGCGCACAGAGAUAAAGCCCAGCAGUUCAAGUGGUCCCGAGUCCAAGAAAAUCUUUUCGCCACCACCGGAUGUCUCGGGAAGGUCAACAGUCAGCUUUUGAUCCACCAUCUUGGCCACCCGCAACCCGUGACGGUGGGCUCGGUGACGGUGGGUUCGGGCCUGAGCUGGCACCGCACGCUCCCGCUGUGCGUGAUGGGAGGCGACCGAAAACUUUGCUUCUGGAUGACGGAGAUGUAG